GGAGUCGGGUUACACCACUUGUGUCUGAGUUCACGCAGUAUGUUCCUCUGUCAGGGAUUCCACAAAUAUCUCCCUGAGGUAAAAAAGGAAAGUGUGCUGCGCUCCAGCACCCAGAGCAGUGAGCCCAGUCCUGAGUCCCGGAGAGAGCUCCAGCAAUAGGGGCCAUGUCGCCAUAGCCCCAGCCUCUCGGUCCGCAGCCUCAGCAGCGUCCCAGCCGGCUGGCUUCAUGCUGCGGUGCAGCUGCGCCAUGUUCCUGGGUUGAGGGGGCAAUCGGGCACGCUCCUCCCCAUGGGUUGCCCAUCAUGUCUAAUGGAUAUCGCACUCUGUCCCAGCACCUCAAUGACCUGAAGAAGGAGAACUUCAGCCUCAAGCUGCGCAUCUACUUCCUGGAGGAGCGCAUGCAACAGAAGUAUGAGGCCAGCCGGGAGGACAUCUACAAGAGGAACAUUGAGCUGAAGGUUGAAGUGGAGAGCUUGAAACGAGAACUCCAGGACAAGAAACAGCAUCUGGAUAAAACAUGGGCUGAUGUGGAGAAUCUCAACAGUCAGAAUGAAGCUGAGCUCCGACGCCAGUUUGAGGAGCGACAGCAGGAGACAGAGCAUGUUUAUGAGCUCUUGGAGAAUAAGAUCCAGCUUCUGCAGGAGGAAUCCAGGCUAGCAAAGAAUGAAGCUGCGCGCAUGGCAGCUCUGGUGGAAGCAGAGAAGGAGUGUAACCUGGAGCUCUCAGAGAAACUGAAGGGAGUCACCAAAAACUGGGAAGAUGUACCAGGAGACCAGGUCAAGCCCGACCAAUACGCUGAGGCCCUGGCCCAGAGGGACAAGAGAAUCGAAGAACUGAAUCAGAGCCUGGCUGCCCAGGAGAGGCUUGUAGAACAGCUAUCUCGGGAGAAACAACAACUGCUACAUCUGUUGGAGGAGCCAGCUAGCAUGGAAGUGCAGCCCGUGACUGAAGAGUUACUCAAACAACAAAAGCUGAAUUCACAUGAGACCACUAUAACUCAGCAGUCUGUAUCUGAUUCCCACUUGGCAGAACUCCAGGAAAAAAUCCAGCAAACAGAGGCCACCAAUAAGAUUCUUCAAGAGAAACUUAAUGAAAUGAGCUAUGAACUAAAGUGUGCUCAGGAGUCGUCUCAAAAGCAAGAUGGUACAAUUCAGAACCUCAAGGAAACUCUGAAGAGCAGGGAAAGUGAGACUGAGGAGUUGUACCAGGUGAUUGAAGGUCAAAAUGACACAAUGGCAAAGCUUCGAGAAAUGCUGCACCAAAGCCAGCUUGGACAACUUCACAGCUCAGAGGGUACUUCCCCAGCUCAGCAACAGGUGGCUCUGCUUGAUCUUCAGAGUGCUUUAUUCUGCAGCCAGCUGGAAAUACAGAAGCUCCAGAGGGUGGUACGACAGAAAGAGCGCCAACUGGCUGAUGCCAAACAAUGUGUGCAAUUUGUAGAGGCUGCAGCACACGAGAGUGAACAGCAGAAAGAGGCUUCUUGGAAACAUAACCAGGAAUUGCGGAAAGCCUUGCAGCAGCUACAAGAAGAAUUGCAGAACAAGAGCCAACAGCUUCGUGCCCGGGAGGCUGAAAAAUACAAUGAGAUUCGAACCCAGGAACAAAACAUCCAGCACCUAAACCAUAGUCUGAGUCACAAGGAGCAAUUGCUUCAGGAAUUUCGGGAGCUCCUACAAUAUCGAGAUAACUCAGACAAAACCCUUGAAGCAAAUGAAAUGUUGCUUGAGAAACUUCGCCAGCGCAUACAUGAUAAAGCUGUUGCUCUGGAGCGGGCUAUAGAUGAAAAAUUCUCUGCUCUAGAAGAGAAAGAAAAAGAACUGCGCCAGCUUCGUCUUGCUGUGAGAGAGCGAGAUCAUGACUUAGAGAGACUGAGAGGUGUCCUCUCCUCCAAUGAAACUACUAUGCAAAGUAUGGAGAGUCUCCUGAGGGCCAAAGGCCUGGAAGUGGAACAGUUAUCUACUACCUGUCAAAACCUCCGGUGGCUGAAAGAAGAAAUUGAAACCAAAUUUAGCCAUUGGCAGAAGGAACAAGAGAGUAUCAUUCAGCAGUUACAGACAUCUCUGCAUGAUAGGAACAAAGAAGUGGAGGAUCUUAGUGCAACAUUGCUGUGCAAACUUGGACCAGGGCAGAGUGAGAUAGCAGAGGAGCUGUGCCAGCGUCUACAGCGAAAGGAAAGGAUGCUGCAGGACCUUCUAAGUGAUCGAAACAAACUAGUGGUGGAACAUGAAAUGGAGAUUCAAGGCCUGCUUCAGUCUAUGAGCACCAGGGAGCAGGAAAGCCAAGCUGCUGCGGAGAAGAUGGUGCAAGCCUUAAUGGAAAGAAAUUCGGAAUUACAGGCCCUGCGCCAAUAUUUAGGAGGGAGAGACUCCCUGACAUCCCAAGCACCCAUCUCUAACCAACAAGCUGAAGUUACCGCCACUGGCCCCCCUCUUGGAGAACAGACUGAUCAAGGUUCAAUGCAGAUACCUUCCAGAGAUGGUAGCACUUCAUUGACUGCCAAAGAGGAUGCCAGCAUACCCAGAUCCACAUUAGGAGACUUGGACACAGUUGCAGGGCUGGAAAAAGAACUGAGUAAUGCCAAAGAGGAACUUGAACUCAUGGCUAAAAAAGAAAGAGAAAGUCAGAUGGAACUUUCUGCUCUACAGUCCAUGAUGGCUGUGCAAGAAGAAGAGCUGCAGGUGCAGGCUGCUGAUAUGGAGUCUCUGACCAGGAACAUACAGAUUAAAGAAGAUCUCAUAAAGGACCUGCAAAUGCAACUGGUUGAUCCUGAAGACAUACCAGCUAUGGAACGCCUGACCCAGGAAGUCUUACUUCUUCGGGAAAAAGUUGCUUCAGUAGAAUCCCAGGGUCAAGAAAUUUCAGGAAACCGAAGACAACAGAAUGUGGAUUUAAGCCACCUUCUCACCCUCUGUACCAGUAGCUUUGUUAAAACAUUUUAUUAUGAUCAAAUAACAAGCCUGCUGCUUUUAAGUAAUCUAAGUGUUAACAGAAGACCUGAACCUUACGAGGACACAGGACCCCCAGAGGGAAGUUCCUCAGAGAGAUUGUCACCCUACGCACAAAUGAUCCCAACAGUAGAUACCUCUGAGAGAAUCAGGGCAGCUCUAAUCUCCAGGCACUCAGUGAUGGGAAAGGCCAUCUGUGAAGGGAAUCACUUUUCUUUUCUGGACUUAUUUCCAGGUGCAGCUGCAGGGGAUGACACGGAAGAUGCAAGCACUGAGUUCACUGACAGUAUUGAGGAGGAGGCCACACACCAUAGUCACCAGCAAGUAAGUCAGUGUCAGGGUCUGGAGCUUCCAGGGUGGAUGGCACACAGCCCUUCUGAGGUCUGAUGGUCUCCUGCAGCCCUUGUGGACUUAGAGUGAGAAGAUUUUUUUUUUAUAUAAACCACUUCUCAGUCAUCUUCCUGUUCUCCUUGAGCUUCCCGGCUGCCUUUCCAACCCAUGUCUUCACUCCAUUUUCCUCUCCAAUCCACCCUUUGGUUUGUAUUGUAUCUCUUUCUUCUGCUUCCUGCCCCUUCCUACCCACCUUUGCCUCUAUUUAUUCUCUGUAGCUAUAGCUUCAGAAGAAUUUUUACUUGAAAAACAAUGGACACAUUCCCCUUGGGCUUUUUGUAACUGAAAAGCAACACAGAAGACAGGGAGUCAUCAAAGGGCUGCUCGGGGAGGUGGCAGGGUGAAGGACCUGCUUGGGAAGGAACUCCAAGAAGACUGGAAUGCUUCCAAAGCAAGGAUCUUUCUCAGUGAAAUCUCAUUAUACAGAGAGAACCUUAUGCAACCUGACAAACCACUGAGGUCAUGGUGACUCAAUGAUCAGCAGAUGGUUCUUCAACAGCAAUCCCCUGUCAAGCCUCAGAACUUGAGGCCAAAACAUUGUUUCCAUCCACCAUCAGUGCAGAUGUAACUAGCAUGUUACAAGAGUGAAUAAUCUGGACUUCAGAGAUUAAGUCACCAAUAGUGAUCCCACAAGCACUCACUGGAACUCCUAUAAUGUCUCCACUUUGUCCGUGCCAUUUAGCAAUCUCAUCUCCUAGAUGGACUAUGCCUAUGAUUCUUAAGGAGAAAGUGAAUCAUUGGUAGGUGUCCCACACAAGCAGCUGGACUUUCCAGUGACAGCUUUCUUGGGGCUUUUAGGAAAACUAUACAAGAAAUGAGGCUUUCUGGGUCUGCCUGUAUGUCUUCUGCAUAAGAGAAAGAGGAGACAUCGAAUCAACCAAUAAGAAGAGCCCAAAUGAGCAUCCUCAAAUCUUUUGGGAUUUGGCACUUGGGGACAUGAGUAGUUGUCUGGGAUAUGUCAUGUUCUCAACAGUUUCUUUAUAGUAGUUGGAUCACCUUCUUGUAGUAGGAUCAACCUUCUUGUUGCUAUAGCUGUACCCAACUUUCCCUGCUCCCUUGAGUGCUUGCAUGAGCUCCACUUUUUCUUUUACUUGAACAGCUUCUCCUGAGUCCUCCUUACUGAUGGUUGUGUCUUUAAUUAUAUACAUCUCUGUCCCUCCAGACAGAUCCCUCUGUCCUCACUCUCUGAUUUCAUUGAGGAUCUUGGGUGAGAGAGAGGGACCUGCGGAAUGAACAAAUGUCUACUCUAAGACAGCUAGAUUGGGAGGUUGGCUGGUCACUGAUGGUUAUAAUGACUGUGGGACAGGAUUAACUUCAGAAUAAAUGAACAGGAGACACAGAUAUGAAGACAGUCAGAUUCUGAUUGAUAUGGUCUGAAGUGCUCCUGGUAUUGCAAGUCAUUUGCUCUGAUUCUCAACUGUAGGCAAAUUGAGUUGUAAAGUUGCUUCUUCUUCAGCCUUCUUUCCUGUAG